AAAAAGUUUUACUUACCUGGAGAUACUUUUCUUCUCGAUUAGUUUAUCAGUAACUUUUCACCGAAUCAUGUUGAUGAUUGUGAGGAUCAUAUUAAUGGCGAGAUCCCCCUUCAGUUACUUUAUUCAAUUCUAUUGAUUAUUAAACGUGUCACUGAUUGUCAACUCAUUUUCGAGUUAAUAGUUACCUUGAUUUGAAAAUUGUUUAUUAUUCUCUAACCCUUCAACUAGUGAACUGUGAAUUAAUCAUUAUCUAAAUUGUGUUAAAUCAUCGUAGUGAAUUAACUUUAUUGAUAACUUAUAUUAAUCUAUUUGUUUUCUAUCAAUCAACUAAUUUGCAAAAAAAGUUUCUCAUUCAGUUUUUGUUUAUCUACUUUUCCAUAAAUAGGAUUUAAUUUACUUGAAACCAACGAAAUCGAAAAUUUUGUCAUCAACGAAUUAACUUUUUUUUAUUGUUAGUCUAACAAGAAAAGUUUAUAUAAUAGAAAAACUAAUCAGGAUGUCGAGCGCGACAACGGCAACGACGACAAUUAAUGCUAGUAAAUCAUUUAUGGAUACAACAUUUUACUAUUUUCAUGAUUUUUGGGAGGAAAAGGGUGACCCUCGAGUAUCAUCUUUACCCCUUAUGUAUGGUGGUCCAUGGAAGGUCAUGUUGAUCAGUUUCCUUUACUGGUACUUUGUCAGAAUCUUGGGUCCAGCUCUGAUGAAAGGACGACAACCAUUUGACUUGAGGUCAAUCAUGUUACUACACAACAGUUUCCUCAUCGGUGUAAACGGAGUUGGUUUCUUUGUGGGUCUUUGGGUAACCGAUAUGUUAAAAGAGACCUGGAACUGUGGUCCAGUCGAUCCCAAUACCUCUAACCUCAAGGAUAAUCUAACCGUUUACCUUGGUUACAUUUACUUUCUCACUAAAAUCGUGGACUUUGGUGAUACCAUUUUCUUUGUAUUGAGAAAGCGUUUCCAUCAAGCCUCAUUUUUACACGUUUUCCACCACGGAGUCAUGCCCAUUGUCGGUUUUGUGGGACUGAAAUUCCACCCUGUAGGCUAUUCGGGCUUCCUACCAACCAUCAAUAUCCUUAUUCACGCGAUCAUGUAUGCCUAUUAUGCUUUGGCCUGUGCAGGUCCAGAGAUGAAGAAAUACCUUUGGUGGAAAAAGCAUAUCACCCAAUUGCAAAUGGUCCAGUUUGUGUUGACCUUUUUCCACGCUCUAAAUGCCAUCGUUAAUCCAAAUUGUCACUGGCCUUUGGUCUUGGCUUAUCUCGAGGGUCUUCACGCUGUUUUAUUUUUCUUCCUCUUUGCAUCUUUCUAUAAAAAAGCUUACAUGUCACCAUCUUCAUCUUCAUCUUCAUCAACACCCAUUUCUAAAUCAUCAACAAACAAUAAUAAGAUUGAUUAAUAUUAUAAAUCAUUUGAUAAUUAACACCGAUUAACAACAACGAA